ACAGGAUAGUGAUCAGUGAGGCAUAUGGCUGAGAAUUGGAUGCGUAAAACUAAAAUAUUUUUUUAUCUAUCACUCUGAGAAUGAGAAUGAGAAUGAACGCGUUCUGUGUCUCCGCUUCUGCUCCUACUUAUUCUCCAUUUCCUAAUCAACUUCCACAUCCACUGGGUGCACUGCUGCCAAAUUCGAAGUUUCAGAUUCUGUGGAAGCACACGCUCACACCGUUUCCUUUGAAUUCGAGGAGGAGAACUUUCAUAUGUGCAGUCAAUCAAGAAGCCGAGGAAGCUUUUAAGAAGACUGUUGAAAUUGAUAGGCUCAUAGAUAUGCUCAGGGAAGCUAAUCCUCACCAACUUCAGAAACUUGUUGUUGAAAACAUCCUCGCUUUCAAUCCAAGCUUUUGGAUACGACUUGCAGCAAGAUCUGAUACUUGCAAGUCUGAGGAUGAUAAAAAGGAUUAUGAAGAAUUGGCUACAAUGGUUAUGAGUGUGGUUGAUCGCGUGGUUCAUAAGACUAAUGAAAAGAUAGAGUCUGCUACAGAUGUCCUGAAGGGAGUACUGAAACCUGUGAUUGAUGAUGUAGGAGAGAUUCCCUGGCCUCCCAGAGAUCCUCAGGUACUCACAUUGAUGGAAAAGGAAAUAAGUCAAAGGGAGCAAGAAGGGCAGCUGGAUGAAGGGUUCCUUGCCGAAGUUAAUGCACAACUACGACAAGCAAAGGAAGAUGGUGAUAAGCCUGGGCUUGAGGCCAUGUUGCAAAAGGUUUUGCAGCUCUAUGCUUCCAACAUUCUCUCAAAACGUAGUUAUGCCAUGAAAGGAAAGGAAGUUUUGAAGGAUGAGCAAUUACUUGAAACCGUAAUCCAAGCUCCUGAAGAAGAAUGGAACAAUAUUUUGAUCAAUGGAUUGACAAUUGGUGCUGGGGAUAUUUCACCAGAGGAGCUCUAUGCUGUCUUGAAGAAACGAAUUGAGCGCACUUUGAUUAGAACUGAGGGAGGUUCUUACCAACAGCGGAUUCUGACAGAGUACCUGAAAGGCAUCGAAACUAGAGCAGAGGAGAUUGUUCAAGUGCUUCAGGGGAAACCCCAAUAGCAUUUCUUCAUACCAGAAGAUGGGCUUGGCAGUUGCAAUGUCAUAAGCCAUAGCAAUAUUCUGCAUGAUGCUAGAAGUGAUUUAUUAUUUGUAGAGCAGAUCAAGCUACUACACAGUGAGAUGGAGAUAUGUAGAUGAUCAUAUCUUCGAGCAGGUAGCAAUUACCGCACGGAUUCGGCGAUUGGCCUUCAGAACUGCAUCUGGCUACCUUCAGCUAGUUUUGUGCAGCCGGUUUUAGUUUAAGUAAUAUCUUCUGUAGCCAAAAAUUGAAUGUGUGUGUGUGUGUAUAUAUAUAUAUAUAUUGUUUAUUGUAUAUAUUGUAAUUCCUAGAAAAUGGCAAUAAACUAUUCCUUUUUUUUGUUAUUAACAUAUGAAUA